GAAUUUACUCGGUCAGGACGACUAUUUCCGGUUCCUUUUUUCCGGGAAAUGAAUCAGGAAAUAUUUUUUAAUUUGGAGAACAGUGAUACUAAAAGUGAUUUAGACACAGAAAUCAUGAAAUUUCCAAUCGAAUUAAAAAUUCAAUGUAAAAUUCUGAAAUUUUCAGUGAAAUCCAUCAUUUCCAGAUUUUUUAAACCCCUAAAUCGCAUUCGGUGCCACUGUCGUGAAAGUUAAUUGCCCACUGUCCAUGAAAUUGUUUUUUUUACAAGUGUUCUCUGCAUGAGCAAUACCUCGUGACUUUCAAAAUUCCCAGCAGUCUCCCCAAAAAAAAGGUCUCCAGAAAAACCUAAAAAAUUCUUGUUGUAUCAUCCUAGGAUGACAGCCAGUGACAUUUCGUGUACAUCAUAUCUAUCUCCGUGAGAUUCCGCUGGCAGGGCGAGCUAUCAGUUUUGAGAAAGAUAGCUGGAGCAGUGGAGCCUUGAAACCCUCUCAGCGGGUAUCUUCGGUAGAGAAAGAAUUUUUCGGCUUGCCGGGCCCUGCCGCCACCGAGGCUGCACUCAGGACCCACGCUGGGAGAAUAGUGGGGGAAUAAUGUAUAUAGCUCUAGGGUUGGUCCCUCGGGGUCGACAGUUCUCUACGACUUCUCAUCCCAUACGUUUGUGAUUCUAUUUUACAUCCCGCGUGCUCACUAUUUACGGUGUAUCAUCGACAAUAUGUGAUUCCGAUAGAUCGAUACGAGAUCAAUUACUAUAUCUGAAACAAUGGUCGCGCGGAGAACAGUGUUAUUGUUGUUUAUAAUAAUAGGUGUCUGUCACAGCUAUGGAAUUUGGAGCACCGACUGGACCGACACGUCGGGCAGCCAGUGCGAUAGCGCGAUCAGGGAGACAAUCCAGGAGGACAGGGCAACCAUCGUCGAUGAGACACCAGACAGACUUCAUUCUACUUGGCUAUCUCAAGAAUGUGAAGUGAGGGCGGGCCCGGAGUAUGUCAUCAGGAAAUACACAUUCUUCAAGAAUGGCACAUAUUUGCUUAUAAGGCAUCAUUAUGCUGAGGAGUCUUGUAGCGUGGCAACACACACUGUUGUGGCAAGAGGGGUCAUUCGAAUCCUGUCAUCAUCUGGAUUAGCUCCUGGUGCUACGGAAGCGAGUUACCAGCUGGAACGCGUUUAUAUUGUACCCCUCACACGACAGGUUGCACACAAAUUAGGCCAUCGUGUGAACGUAACUUGCACACCGCAGCCCCGUUGGCGCCCCUACGUGCCCCAAAUAAUCUACGAACAACCGCCGAAGCGAUUGUCGAAAUUCAAUUGGGAAGGACCUACAUUCAAUUCCUUUCAACUUCCAAUUCCCUCGAGAAAACACGGAGUCCUCAAUUGUCUGGAGCCCCUAGGUAUUGAUUUCAACGAACUACGACUUGUCAGGGUUCAAAAGAAGCCCCCAACAUCGACAGUAUUUGGAUUGGGAUCUAAUGAGGAGCCGAAAGUGGAGCUCUUCCUUGGAAGUUUACCUCCAAACGUUUAUCUCAGAGCAUCGCACCGAUCUACGUCGUUACAACCUACCGGACUCCUUCGUGCGGAUACGAUAAAAGGAUGUUUAGUCUGCAGUGCAAUAUCUCGAGGCACUGAGAACAGUCCACCCCUUCUCCACGAGGUGGCAGCCCUUCCAGCCCUUCUCGGUGGCUCGUGGAUCUCCUCCAACUGCGAGAGCUGCGAGGGUGGUUUGUGGAUAAAACGCCAGCUCAAUGUUUACUCCGGUGACUUGUUAUGGACCGGACGUUGGGAGUACUACGGUGAUUCCGGAUGCACCAGGUUCAUCUACGCCGUGACUGCAGCCGGAAGUUACAUCCAGCGGGCCGGUCGCCUGCGCCGUCACCAGCUCAGUGAGCGGGACUUUAUCGAACCACAAGAGACUGUCCUCAGUUACCCAAUUGACGAGAUGAUUGACUCUGAACAAAGUGACUUAGGCAUGGAAAACCCGAAGAGAUUCAAACGAAAUGCUGACCAAAUUGAGACGCAGAAGAAUUUUUCACCGCGGAUUAAAUCGGAAAUGGCGAAGAAGCUGUUGGACAUUUAUGAGGAAGACCGAAGCCUUAGCGCUGCCAUGAUACCGAAAAUAAAUUUCGAGGAAGCCAGGAUUGAAGCAAAAACCAAGACAAUAUCAACUACCUCAUCACCAACAACGAUGACAAUGACAGAAAGACAAACGGAAAAAAUAACACUCGAACAAACAACGGAAUCUCUGGUGGAUUCAGCUCUACGAAGAACUUUGACCUCUGACGACUCCUACCGACAUCUUCUUCGGAGUACACACCCCUCGUUGGCCGAAUCAUUUGCCACAAUGCUUCGGGGAAAUCAGAGACGCGAGGAGACAACACAAAAGCCCUUUGUAUCUCCAAUUCCCACGGGAACAACUGAACUUGAUCUUCAUGUUGCUGAGAGUCUACUUAUUGCCGGUGAUCUCUCGAUAGCGGCACGAUGUGGGGCUCAGAUUGUUAGUGAUGGAAGUGGAGGAUUGAGAGUUAAACCGCUGAGUUCGUGGCCAAGACAUUGUGUUAGACACGCUCUCGAGGCGCCCUCGACCCUUGGAUUGAGGGCGAGGGUGGGAGUCAAUUGGAGGGAACAGUAUACAUUGCUCGUUGGCCCGAGGGAUGAUAAUUUGUGGGAGGCACCCCUGAGACGGUGUGGGAAGACCCCCAGUCGCAAUUCCGCACUUAGGAUUCAUCUUAGGCAGAGUUUAGGGCACAGAUAUGGGCUUUUGACUUCUGGUGCCGCAAAUUUUGGGACAUGUGGACAUUUUUAUCUAUUGUCCAUUGCUCUAGUGACACAAUUGUUGCUGCCAUUCGCUAUCCACUGGCAUGGAAUGUAGUGAGGGAUAGGAAAGUUAUGGAAAACUGAACUGCAUUUGAAAUUUCCUUUUGCAGAGACUCAAGCUAUUUUUAAAUUGCUCCGUUAAAUACUCAAAUUAUUUUGUACAGUUAAUCCCUAGGUAUUUAAAUUCAUGUAAAUAGAGAUAUCAUUGUAUAUAUGUAUAUUAUAUUGACGCGCAGUUGAUCUUUUCACUGUAUAUGGACGAACGAAACCCAGUGACUCAUUUGGCGAAUACAUAGACUUACAAUUUAAGAUUAAAAAUGGGCUGACUUCGGCGCCUGAGGGACACCACCCCAGUGAAAUCUUUUACGAUUUAAAAUUGUGUACAGUAGGAUAAGAAAUGUUAACGGACUGUGUAUAUUUAAUGUUUCAAUAUAGCUAUGUUUGAAAAACACGCAGGAAUAAUGUUCUUA